AUGAAUGUGGAGACCGUUGAUCACUUGAACACUUACAACACAACUGUUUUUCGCAAUAUAGAUACAGUUAAAGAGACAGACAGAGAUGAAAAAGCUGAAGACAAAAGUGUUGCUGAAUAUCGCUGUGAGAUUUGUAGGAAGACAUUCCCUUCAGAAGAUGAAGUCUUCACACACAAAGAAAUACACAGAAAAGAAAAACGCUAUCGCUGUGAUAUAUGCGGGAAAUAUUUUGCUUUUGCCAGUAAACUAGUAAUACAUAAUAGAAUGCACACUGGAGAAAAACUAGAAAAAGUGUUUCGCUGUGAAAUUUGUGGAAAAUCUUUUGUCAAUAAUAGUAACUUAAAAAGGCACAAAGCAACUGUUGUUAACAAUGUAGAUACAGUUAGAGAGACAGACGGAGAUGAGAAAGUUGUAGAGAAAAAUGUUGCUGAAUAUUUCUGUGAGAUUUGUAGGAAGACAUUCCCUUCAGAAGAGGAGGUCAUCACACACAGAGAAAUACACAAGAAGGAAAAACAGUUCCAUUGUGAAAUAUGUGGGAAAUAUUUUGUCAAUAUCAGUGAUUUUACAACACACAAAAUAUUACACACUAGAGAUAAACUGUUCCAUUGUGAGAUAUGUGGCAAAUCUUUCUCUCUUAAAUCAUUUCUUCUUAUCCACAUAAAUAGUCACACUGGGGGAAAGCCUUUCCAUUGUGAUAUAUGUGACAAAACUUUCAGCCAGAAAGCUCGUCUUUUGACCCACCUACGAAGUCACACAGGAGAAAAGCCAUUCCACUGUGAAACAUGUGGUAAAUCCUUUGCUGAUAACAGUGUCUUGAAAACUCACAAAAGAAUCCACACUGGAGAGAAACCCUAUAACUGUGAAGUGUGUGGAAAAUCGUUUAUUAUUUAUAGUUACUUAACCAGGCACAAGCGGAUACACACUGGUGAGAAAUCAUUCCACUGUGAAAUUUGUGGGAAAUAUUUUGUCUAUAAUAGUGAUUUAACCAAACACAAAAGAAUCCACACGGGGGAGAAACCAUUUGGCUGUGAAGUGUGUGGGAAGUCUUUUGUUUGUAGCAGUGAUUUAACAAUGCACAAGAGAAUACACACUGGAGAAAAACCAUACCAUUGUGGAAUAUGUGAGAAAUCUUUCACCCAGAAAGUUCAUCUUGCUACCCACAUACGAAAUCAUACUGGGGAGAAACCCUUCACUUGUGAAAUAUGCGGAAAAUCUUUCUUUGCUCACUCUAGUCUUGUUGUCCACAAACGAAUACAUGAUGAAGAGAAGCCAUUCCACUGUGAAAUAUGCGGAAAAUCUUUCACUAGUAAUUAUCAGCUUGUGGUUCACAAACGUAGUCACACGGGAGAGAAACCUUACCAUUGUGAUACAUGCGGCAAAUCAUUUUCUGUGAAUUCUAGUCUUGUUAGCCACCAACGUAACCACACUGGAGAGAAGCCGUAUCGUUGUGAAAUUUGCGGAAAAUCAUAUUCUAUUAAUAAAAGUCUUGUUACCCACCUACGUAGUCACACUGGGGAAAAACCCUAUCACUGUGAAAUCUGUGGUAAAUCAUUUUCUGUUAAUUAUAGCCUUGUUAUCCACCAACGCUGUCACACUGGAGAAAAAGCGUUCCACUGUGAAAUAUGUGGGAAGUCUUUCAUUAAUAAUUCUAGUCUUGUCGUUCACAUCCGUACUCACACGGGAGAAAAACCCUAUCGUUGUGAAACAUGUGGCAUAUCGUUUAGCACUAACAGUCAAUUAAAGAAGCACAAACGAAUCCACACCAGAGCGAAGACUUCAGACUGUGAAACAUGAGAAAUUAUUCCCUUAUAAAUCUAAACUUUUAGUCUACCAACAAUUACACAUUGGAGAAAAACGUUUUAUUUGAAAGAAAUCCAAUCACUGAAAUCGUUUGUUAAUAAUUUUUAUCUUGUUGUUCACAUCUGUACUCACCCUAACCCUAACCCUAUACAUCAAACCAAACCUUGACUGACAUUCACCUGAGCGGGAUCACUUGAUUUGUUAUCACUCUUUAUUCAAUGUAACCAGUGACAAGACAAAGCCAGUUGCAUCUUUACAAAGAAAUGGCCUUUCUUAUUAUUUACCAAAACAUAAAUGAAACAUGGUUUUAUUAUUAUUAAAAUAGCAAGAAUUUUGAAAAAAUACACUUACGAUGCUAAGUAUGUACAAAAGAAUUUAUUGUAAAAAAAUAUCUUUAGCUAACGUGUUAAGCGCUUUUAGAAAUUGUAAAGUAAAAAGUAACCUAAAGUAAUUGCCCUUUAAGUUGUAGAUCACACACCAAAGUAGCACCCCUUAUUCUUUUUGACUGAAUUCAAUGACUGAUGAUUGAUAUUAUUCAUCAUCAACAUGAUUAAAGAGAAAAAAUUGUAGGAGUUUGCAUUUAUUGGUCUGCAACAAAGAACCAAAGUAUUCAAGAAUUAAAGUAUUUAACAAAAAUAUUCAAAUAACAAAUGAAACUUUAAUUUAUGUGUUAAAUUAUUAUUUCUGUUAAAAGGACAAAUAUUUGAGAUGUUUAUGUUAAAAUCUUGUCACUGAACUUUUAACAAAAUAUUCACAUUUAUAUGUAAAUUUAAAUAUUAUUUUAUUUAAAAAAAGGCUCGCAAAUUUUCAAUUAAAAUCUUA